GACGCGGCUACGGCUUCAGCACGGCCAUGAUUCUGCCGGAGCGCGGCGAGGACGACUCGAGCGGCGUGAGCUCGGCGUCGAGCGCGUGCGCGAGCGACACCGGCCGGCGCGCGCUGCCGGACGGCCAUGCCACGCCGCCCAGUCCGAGCCCGGAACAGGCCGGCUUCAGCGUGUUCGGCGACAAGCUCGACCUCUUCAUGGAGAUCCUGCAGACGCGCGAGCGCAUCCAGCAGGACCUGCAGACCGAUGUCGAGGGCUGCAGAACGGCGGACAUUCCCCCCGGCUCGGAGGAUGCCCAUCCGCCGAAGGAGGUCGUCCAGCUGUCGAGCCAGCUGGAGCAGGGUCAGCACCAUUGGGACCAGCCUCAGGAGCGGACCAGCAGCUUCAGGUCGCAGGCGGAGCUGGGCCGCGAGGGGCGCGGCGGGCUGCUGCUCUCCCUGCAGGAGCUGCUGGAGUGGGUCAUCAGGAAGGAGACGGAGCUCAAUCAGCUGGAGCCGCUCCGCGCGGACGCAGCGGCGCUCCAGCAGCAGCAGGAGGAUGCCCGCUCUCUGCUGAGCCAGCUGUCGGACCGCCAGGCGCUCAUCAGUAGCAAGCUGAGCGCCGCCAGAGCGGUCAGCUCCGAGCCUGCCUUACACUGCGAGGCCAGCGAUACUGAAGGUCGAGGCGAGCGCGAUGGCUACGGCCGGGAGCGUCGCUCCGAGCUGGACCAGAGUCUGGAGCAGGCGAGGGCUAUCGGUCGGGAGGCGGCCAAGCUACAGGACAAGUGGCGAGAGCUCGGCCGACGCGCCGAACUCUUCCGACGACGCGCUGACUCGGCCCUGGCGAAGAGGCACGUGCUGGAGCGGUGCAUGAACGAGGUCGAGCAGCGGCUGAACGACAUCGAACAGACCCAGCCUGACGUGGUCACCAACGGUGACGUCGCAGAGGACCGCCUGCUGGAGGUGCAACGAAGCCUGGAUGACGUCAAUGCCCAGGCCAGCCGGCUGGCAGAGAACAACGUGCCACUCUCCCCGGAGCACGCCGCUCGGCUGGCCGCCCUCAACGGCCGGCUGCACUCGGUGGCGUCGACCGUCUCGGCGGCCUACGGCGGGCCGCCGGCGCCGCCCGACCUGGGCCGCUCGGUGGAGCCGCCCUGGGAGCGUUCCCAGACCGAGCACGGCGUGCCGUACUACCUGCACCACGGCGAGCGACGCACCCAGACCGCGCUGAAGCUGCGGCGCCUGCAACGCGCCCUGCUGCUGCACCGCCUGCCGCUGGCCGAGGCUGCGCAGGCGUUUGAGGCGCAGGCGUGGCGCCUUCCAGCGACCGGUCUCGUGGCCGUGCCCGACGUGGUGGCCGUGCUGGUGGCGCUGUACGGGGGGAUGGACCCUCCGGUGACGACGGACCUGGCGCUGAGGAUGGACCUCUGUCUCAACUGGCUGCUCAGCGUUUACGACAAGUGA